CUUUUCCCGUGCAGGUACUUGUUCGUCGCAUUUGAUGCGGGCUCGACUAUACCCCGCUGCCGCCAUAGAGAAAAUUGCCCGCCCGGUGUCACCUAGAAAACGAGUUCUUGCUGAAAAUGCCGUCAUCCCGUGUGCAUCGAGAUGAACUUCUUGUGGUGACUUUUGCUGUCGCAUUUCUGUUAUGCUCCGCAUCCUCCGAGAAAGUCGUGAAUAUCACGCUCUACUACGAAGGACUUUGUCCUGGCUGCCACGAUUUCAUCCUGCACCAACUCCACCCCACAUACGGCAAGCUCGAAGACUACCUCAACGUUGAUAUCUUACCUUUCGGCAACGCCCAUAUGCAAGUCGCCAACGGUACCGUCAAAUUUCAGUGCCAGCACGGACCUGACGAGUGCUACAUCAACGAAGUGCAGACGUGCGCUGUGAAGUAUGUCCACCCGACCAGAAGGCUUCUAGACUUCGUUGCAUGCAUGCUAAGCCAGAACGUUCCCACCAAAGCUGGGGAGCCGUGUGCCGUGAAGGUGGGUACCGACUGGGGUGUCUUGGACAGAUGCAGCAGUGGGCCCGAAGGUACCCAGCUUCUGUACGACAUGGGAAUGAGGACGCGGAACCAUAAGCCACCAAUCGGGUACGUGCCGUGGAUAGAGGUCAACGGAGCACACAACCGCACAAUUCAGGAGAAGGCGCAGCGAGAUCUGUUUGGCUUCGCCUGCGAGCUUCUCGAGCCAGAUGCCCCUAGGAUCUGCAAGAAGCCGCAUUCGUACUAUUGUGCCGCAUGACAGUGACCGAUAUACACCCGUCACCGCACAGUUAAUCUUGUACGUUGCUGCUCUGAAGACACAUCACAGCAAUGAUUGUUUUACUUAACCUGCUGCUGGAAUAAAUUGGAAACAGUAUACAGCAAAGAAAAAAAAAACGCCACCUUGUCUUCUUAAACAUUCUGUGAAAUCCAAACGAAGUGGAAGCUAGGUCAUCAAGAAAUAUAUGUAGUGAUUUCACUGGUAGAAUUUAGCCACGUGCUUGCAUCAAUAACGGUGAAAUUUGUAAUAAGGUUGCAAGAAUCAAAUGUGUGUUCCUUGUUUACGCUAAAAGGAGUGGUCGAGAAUGUGGGAGUUAACCAGGCAACCAUUUUAAGCAUAGGCGUUGAAGUGUUGUUGUAAGUGAUUGCGUGCACGCUGCAAAGGACGAAUCUUCAUCCCGCAUUUUUCUGAUCACUGGACGAUUUUGAUUCGAAUUAUUCGUCUGAAGCAUGAUGAUUGCACUGUUCAUGGUCAACACUGUUUAUGGUCAACAGCAGUAGUGCGGUGCCCCGAUGUUUUCCGUAAUAAGGAAUUUUGUGUUUCUACAAAAGA